GCGAUUGGACCCGAGUGAUCGAAUCGAGGUCUUCGAGCUGCGGCAAUGGCGAGACUGCUCGCCUUCAGAGGACUCGUCUCCUCUUCAUCCUCUUCGACGCCUCAUCUGCGUCAUCACCAUGACUCGCUGGUCCGCAUCGUUGCCUUGGGCGUCGGCAGCCUCGACGACAUGGUGGCGGCCCUCGACCGCUCCGGCGUCCCAGUUAACCAAGACUCACUCAACGCGGUCAUCGACACUUGCAAAAGCGAAGCCGGCGACGGCGGGAGCGGCAGCGGAAGAAGACUUCUGCGAUUCUUUUCUUGGUGCCUGCCUCGGGUUCCCCAAGAACACCUCGGAGACGAUGUCUUCAACCGCGCCAUCCGGGCCUUCGCGGCGAUGAAGGACCUCACGGCCAUGGGGAUCGCCAUUUCCCGUCUCCACGAGGAACGCCGGAUGAUGGCUUUGGAGACGUUCACCCUAGUCUCCGACACCCUCGUGAAGUCGGGCGAGGAGGAGGACGCCGUUCGCCUCUUCCGCGGUCUGGUUCGAGCGCGGCUGCUGCAGAUCCCGGACGGCGGAGGCGAAGGGGCGAGCAGGGGGCUGCUCGUCAUGGUACACGCCCUCUGCGCCAGAGGGCACGCGGGGAUGGCAAGGGGCGUCGUGUGGCGCCACCGGCGCAAUCUGCUCUCGGGAGGGGGCGAAGCCACCCGGAUCAUACAGCAGAGUCUCCUCCACGGAUGGUGCGUCCGGGGGGACGUCAAGGAAGCGCGCCACGUGAUGGAUGAGAUGAAAUCGCUAGGUUUUCCUCCCACCAUAGCAUCGUACAACGAUCUCCUCCUCUGCCUGUGCAAGAAGAACGUCAAAUCCAAUCCGUCCGCCCUUGUUCCGGAAGCCACGAAUUUGAUGACGGAGAUGAGGACAUCAGGCGUCCCCGCCGCCACCGCUAGCUUCAACAUCCUACUAUCUUCCCUUUCCAGGGUUCGGAGGGCCAAGGAAGCUUGCCGAAUCCUAUACCUGAUGCAACAGGGGGAGGCAGAAUGCUCUCCCGACUGGGCAAGCUACCACAUCGUCAUCAGACUCAUGUAUCUGACUGGAAGAUUUGUCAGAGGCGAUAGGCUUCUCAAGGAGAUGCUCGAGGCUGGCUUGCUUCCUGGGGCAAGUUUCUACCAUAGUCUAGUAGGGCUCUUGUGCGGUCUGGAGAAGGUGGAUCAUGCACUCCAGUUGUUCGACCAAAUGAAGAGAUGUGGGCAGUACAAUGCGCCAACAUACGAGUUGCUAAUAGAGAAGCUCAGUAGGAGUGGAAGGUUUGAACAGGCAACCAAUCUGUGGGAGGAGGCAACAGAGAGGAAUGUCAUUCUUCAAUGCUCGAGAGACUUGUUGGAUCCUUCCAAGGCAGAGGUAUUCAAACCAGUGGCAGCUGAGAAAAAGUUAAGAUCACAGAGCUAUAGCAAGGUCUCAUAGUCUUCCUUCCCAGUACAAGAAAAAUGGCUCUCCCAAUUCCUAAUGCAAGCUUGAAAAGGAGAAUGGCUUGCACAUUCUGAGGGAGCGCCACUGUCUCUUUCUGUGCCAUCUGCAAUAGCAACAACCAUGUUAUCGUCAAAAUGCCAAGUGAAACACAUACUUUGAGGACACAUAUUUGCAAGAAGAAUUAGUAUAUUAAAUCGAUCACAAAGAAUGCCUGAGGAACACCUGCGAAAUGGGCAAAGAAUCGUUUGCUGAUUUCUUCUUGCUCUCUUGCACAGAGAAAUAUGAAUACAGACCCAUUCCAAAGACGGCGGUCAGGAUUCCCAUAAUGUUUCUAGCUGUGAAGGGGUCGUGAAGUAUAAUGUAGCCGAAGGAAAGAAUGAGGCAGGUCUUGACGUGGCCAAGAACUUGAUAUGUCACUGGUGAUGUCGUUCCAAUUACUAGGAAGGUGCUGAAGUUGACAGAAACCGCGAUCAAGCAAGACAAGACAAUGAACACCUUCAAGAAGAAUUUCACACAGAUAUGUUAAUUAACCAGCAUACCAGAACCAUAAAGGAAUAGUUGUAGGCAAACACGCUUCGCUUGGUGAGCAGUCUGUCCACAGAUGGGCCAGUGGCAAAUAGAAUAGCUGCUUGGAAUGGUGAUGAUUGAUACAGAAGCUGUGUGGAUGAAACCUUCAACCUCUUUUGAAUUGUGUUCGUCAUCUACCAUUCAAUUUUAUGGUCAAGAAAAACCGAAUUGAACUUCGACCUGUUUAUUGUUUUUUCCUUCUUUCUGGAAAAUUUGUGUAACAAAUAAGAAUGUGCAGGAAGGAUACAAUUUGUCCAACACAUGUAGUAGCAAUAGCCAGAAACGAGAGGAUUGAGCCGACAAGGUUGAGGUUCAGAUCUGUGACCGAUGCAAUGCCAACUCCAAAGAGCAGGACAAGAAGAGAGAACUUUAUGCUCUUGCUGGAAACAAAUUCUAGAAUAUAGUCUCCAGCAGGACUGUGAAAGGGAUGAUGGCUAGUUUAGUCAUCUGCAAUUCGGUAAGAUAAACUGCUGUUAUAAGUUUAUGUUCUUAGCAAUGGUUAGGUUUGUGUAGGAAACUACUGGCCUGGUAGAAUCCAACCGAGUUGAAGCCAAGGCAGAGGUUAAGGAAUCCAAUGGAGGUGCCGUUAAGAAUCCCGAAGAGAACCACUGUCUUUGCAUCAAUCAAUUUGGGCUCGAAGAGGUGGAAGCGCUGUGCAACAUGGAGGGUGCAGAAGGUCACCAUUAGAUGCCAGCUUGUCAGGGUUGUAGCUGCCAAUGGAUAACUCAAUAACACAACAAUCAAAUAUGGCUCCAACAAUGCUUGAGAUCUUGUUUUAAUUCUUGUAUUAGGAGCUACUGACCGUAAGGGAAGCCAAGGCUGCUCAUGAGAGCUUUGUUGCAUAUGACAAUGGAAACCGAGGAGGCAACUGAGAGAGCUAGAGACCCAACCAUCCCAAUCUGAAACCCUGAACCCUCCACGGAGGCCAUAUUUUCCUGCUUAAUACCUGAAACACCGAUGCAUAUGCUAUCAGAUUCUUUCGUGCCAAUUUGAUAUGCUUUUUCAGAAAUAACUAUGACAUAUCAUGAUAAUAAAUGCCUUGUUUCAUGAAGAGAAAAAGAGCAAAAUGGGAAGAAAACUUUGCCUCAGUGCAAAUCCCAAGUUGGCAAACCCUGUGUGGCGGUGAUCACCACUGGCGACGACUGCCGGAGAAGAUCUCUCUUUAUCUUGUUAUCUUCUAUUGAUUUUUGAGAUGAGAAGUUGUAAUCUAUGAGCAUGGCAAGAAAUGAGAAGGGGGUUAUAUAUGUUUGGUAUGUUCAAAGAGAAAUUUCAUGUACAUCCUUGAAAGUUUAUCUAUUUUUUAGAAUGGCCUCAAGAUUAUAAAUUAUUAUGUGUUUUUAGUAUGGAAAGGACCUUGGAAUAUAAUUUACUUAUCAUUGUAUCAAA